AUGCAGCAGCAGCCAGCACUACAAGUACCAAAUCCAACACAACCACAACAAGCAACUCAACAAUAUAUCUAUGUGCAACCUCAACCACAUCAAGGAUGUUGUAGUGGAUACUCAGAAACAUACAACAUCAGAGCAGGUCGUACUACCGGCAUCAUCCAGCUUAUUCUCGGUAUCGUCAUCGUCGUCGUCAACGUUCUCACCUACGUUUACGGUCACAUGGGCUACCCGAACGAAGGUUUACCAAUUGGCAUCGGAUUCUUCUCCGUCAUUCCUUCGGGUAUAAUCGGAAUCACGACGAAAUCCCGACGCAACUGCGUCAUCAUUGCAUAUCUUGUCAUGUCAGUUUUGUCCUCCGUCAGCGGGUUUGGGGGCGUGGUCACUGAGGGCUUGGCGGCGGGCGUGUUCUCCUACGAGUCAGUCUGCUUCUAUACAUUCUGCUACUUGGAUACUUUCGACGUCGCCAUCAUCCUCCACGCCGUCGGCGCUGUCCUUCUCCUCAUCGAAGGCAUCGUCGCUAUCGUUGCUUCGGUGUAUUGCUGCAGAGGAUUGAAAUGUUGCCAGGGGUGUUGCUGUCACGGUGAUGACACGGGCAACUCGUCGGCAACGCCUGUAGUAACUGCUACAUCUGUACACUAUCCACAACAACCGCUAGGAAUGAUCGCUCGUACGCAACCGGAAACUUUUGUUGUAAAAACAACAACUCCCGUCUAACUUAUCGAGGAACAAAAUUUCGCCGAAAUAUACUUGGUCUUUGCAAGUUCGCUUCUUUCUUUUUUAACAGACAUGAAAAAAAAAAUCAUAACCCUUUUUUCAGAAAACUUUGUAAGACGUGAAAUGAUAAUCUAAUCGUAAUUUUGUUUAAUAUUCAGCCCCCUUAAAAAUGCUCCGCUCCCCCCCCCCCGUGCGGAAUUUCCAUGUAUUCAUUGCAUAAAAUUCGUCCAUCGGAAAUGGCUCCAAAUACAUAAAGACGCAGAGUUUGAGAAAACUAUAUUUUCCGUCUCUAUCAUGGACCUAGUGUCAUAACAUGAUGGCGUCAAAUCUGCCUGAAAC